AAAGAGGGAAAGCGGGGUGCGGCGGCGGCGGCGGCGAUGUUGCGGCAGAUGCGAUGGAUGACGGACAGGGAAGGGAGGUGGGAGCUGGACCUGGAGUCCCCGGCGACGAUGGAGGGCACGGCUCGCCCUGUGCCAGGCGACCCGCUGCCCCUCGGCCUCUCGCGGGGGCCCCGUGUCACCCGCACCAAGCAGCUCGACUUCUUCCACCGUUUCAUGGCCUCUCCGCUCGUCCCCACCUUCUCCGCCUCCCGCGCCGGCCUCUCCCUCCACCACGCCCACCUCUUCCAUCUCGCCCAAAACUGGUCUUUUACUAUCUUGGAGCAGCUUCAUGUACAGAAGCUUGUGGCAGCCGUGAAAGACAAGUUGUCAAGUCGGCAAGAAGGGGUCCCCUGGUCCAAUGAUCUCAAGAGACAUUUGCACCAAGUUAUGUCUCUAGGUGUUGGCACGGAACUAUUGAUCACGCCAGACACCACUUUGCUGCUGGAGCUGUACAAUAUCAACAAGGGGGAUCGAGGCAAAGCGAUUAUUCACCACAAGUUUCCUCAACAAAAUCUUACACUAGCGGCAUCUUGGCCUGGAUUAUUUGUUGAUAAACAAGGGGUGUAUUGGGAUGUGCCUUUAUCAUUAUCAGCUGACCUUGCUUCAGCUGGCUCCAGUUCUGGAUUCAGUUAUCAUCUAUUGCUUCAGCAGAAUAGUGGGGAACCGAAAUGUUUUGGUGGUGAUGAAACCAAUGAAGUUCCUCUUGCCCUGCUACCUGGAUUGUGUGCUAAGGCAGCUAUGUCCCUCAAGAAAAGCAUCGAUGUUUGGAGGAAGAAAGAAGAUAAGCUAAAAAUGGUUCAGCCGUAUGAUGUAUUUCUCUCAGACCCUCAUGUUUCAUUCACUGGGAUCGUUGGUGCAGUAGCCAGUGGUUCUUUCGGGGAUUGUUCAAAAAGAAUAUCUGUGCCGGAAGAAACACGAAAAAGUAACGCCUUCAGAGUGUUCCGCGAGAGGAAUAAAUUUGCUGCUUUUGCAGACCUUUUUGCGUCUGUUAAUUUUACAGCUCAACAUGGGAAUUUUCAGAGGCUUUUCCUAGAUUUGACAAGGGUCAGUGCCCGAUUUGAUAUAUCCUCAGGAUCUUUGUUUCUACGUGGUGCUUCUCAUCUAGCGCAAGACUUUUUCUUCUCUAGACGGCCUGAUUUAGAGACAUUCUGCGAUGUUUGUCCAGAUGUGAUUGUUUCUCUUCAACAACAGAUAGUUGGGCCGUUCAGCUUUCGUGUUGAAUCCUCUGUUGCCAUUGACCCAAGAAGUGAAGAGCAUUUUGUUCGAGUGGACGACUCGGUCUUUGCCAUUGAUUGGGCUCUGAAGGUUCUGGGUUCAGCAAAGGCCACAGCUUGGUAUUCCCCCAAGCAUCAGGAAGCAAUGGUGGAGCUUCGUUUCUUGGAGGCCUGAAAUAUUUGUCACCUUGAAUGGCAUAUCACAUAGUCACGGUCCGGUAAUAGUGUCAGUUGAGAUGAAUGGUCGCAUUUGUUGUGUGAUAAUUUUUUUCCUACAUUACUAUGUGUGAGAUUUAGGGUGAAAGUGGAAACACGCAAAACAAUGACUUGUCGGCUUCUCUGGCUGGACGAUCCUUGUGAACUCCAUUGGUCUUGUCUGCAUGAGAUGGUAGUGGACUGGAGUAGGUACGUCUACGUAGCUGGAGAAAGAAUGCAGCUACAUCACCACAUGUGACUAUAUAUAUAUGCGCUGAAAAUAAAUCGAUUUAUUAUGCUAAUGGCAUAUCCAAGGUC